UCAAAUCGUUGUCUGCAGCAGAGGCAUCUUGCUUGUUGUAUAAUUUGACAUGAACUUGAAAAUGAAGUACUCUUGCCUGAUUUUGUUGGUCUUCACAUUUUCUGCAUCACACGGAGCAGUUGACUUUGGGUUUGCUGGCGAUAUUUUAACAUCAACUGGUAAUAUUUUAAAAAGUGUAAUCAGUAAAUCUCUAAAAUUAAAUCAGAGUCCAGAUGAUUUUUUCGAAGAAUUCAAAAAUAUCUUGAUCGGCUAUCCUUUCGAACCAGGAUUUAUGUUUGUAAGCACAUUGUGCUCAAUAGUAGUUUCAGAGGAAAAUAUAAAACCACGUAUAAGACCCAGCAUUGAAAAAAUGAACUAUGUCCUUAAAACCAAAGAUAGAAAUAUUUCCGUGCCGUUAAAUGAUCCUGUCGAAUUGUGGUCGCUUGACGAUUUCAAUCGUGAUUGGCCAACGGUAAUUAUGGUUACCGGAUGGACAACGAAUAUUUCCGAAGGAACAGCCGCUGACUCAAUAUAUGACGCAUAUGAGUGUCGGGGCAAUGUUAAUUUUGUGCUUAUUGAUACAGCGGGUUUUGUUGAUACCAUAUAUUCAUGGGCCGCCUUUAACACGGAGGAAAUUGGAAAUAUUCUUGCUGAUUCUUUGGCGAUUUUGACAGAGUCAGAGUAUGACAUGGAAAACAUCACAUUAAUCGGUCAUUCAUUGGGAGCGCAAAUUUGUGGUUCGGCUGGCAGAAAUUUUUACAACAAAACAAACAAAUUAUUGCCCAAAAUCAUUGGACUAGACCCGGCCAACCCUUGCUUUGAUAUGGGUGAAAGCUUAACAGGGUUGUAUCGUGGCGAUGCUGAUUUUGUGAUAGUUUUGCACUCAAAUCCUGGAAUUUUUGGCAAGGCAGAUCCCUUGGGUGACAUUGACUUUUAUGUGAAUGGAUUGAGACCAAAAGCACCGGGUUGCUUUACGAUUACAUGUUCGCAUGGCCGGGCGGUCGAAUAUUACGCUGAAUCAGUCUAUCCUGGGAACGAACAUAAUUUUAUGGCAGUCAAAUGUAACUCGUUGUCCGCACUUGAGCAAAACUCUUGUAAAGGAAUUCCAAUUCCGAUGGGUUACGCGACUCCAACCAAUGUGAAAGGAAAUUACUUCUUGAAAGUCAACAAAAAGAGCCCAUACGGUAAAAAUUCAACCAAAAAUUUCGUACCAAUUUGCCAGGUUUUCAAUGAUUCAAUGUCAUACAACUGAUUUAAGAAUGGAUGAAUAAAAAAACAUCGUGAUACAUGUAAUUUGCUGUAUUAACAACGGUUUCAUAUAAUUUGAGAUGAAAAUAAAGACGAAGAAUAACUCAAA